AUGAAGGUUUCAUUAUCAACACCAUUUUCUGGGAUACCAUUAUGGGCUUUGCUUGUGGUAGUUUCAAUAUCAUCAUUCAUUGUUGUGACCUGCAUCAUUUUGUGCUUUUGCUUCGUAUAUUAUCCUCGUAAAAAACCAUACAAACCUCGUUUUUCUUUACCUAAAUCAAUAGCAUGCAAGCACCACAAUGGUGAUUUUAGCUCUUCCUCUCUUGACAAGAGGUUACUAUCAGCAUCAGGGAAUGUUUCAGAACACAGUAUGAACUUUGAGAAGUUGUCAUCAGGUUAUUACAAUCAUGAGUUGUUCAUACCUGGUCAGUUUUAUCCAAUGGGAUAUGACACUUCAAAUGAUAGGUAUUUGGAAGGUUUGAGAUCAAAAGGUAAGUUAUGUUGCACAGUCAAUGAUAAGAGUAAGGGGUGGAACUUUAGCCUUAAGGAGAUAGAGGAUGCUACUAAUGGAUUUGCUAAAGAAAAUGAGCUUGGAAGUGGAGAUAAUGGGAUUGUUUAUCUUGGUUUGUUACCAAGUAAUAGACAAGUGGUAGUGAAGAGGCUAGUAUGUAACAGUCACCAACCUGAGGAACUUUUUGCAUCCCAAAUGGAAGCAAUUGGACUUGCAAAGCACAAUAACCUGGUCAAAUUACUUGGAUACUGUGCAGAGGGUGCUUACAGGAUGUCAGUUUCUGAAUAUGUAGAACAUGAAAGUCUGCACCACUGGCUUCAUGAAUUUCCUGCACAAAUCAGCCCUCUAACAUGGGAUAUAAGAAAGAACAUAAUCCAUUGUGUGGCAAAAGGACUGGCAUACCUUCAUGAUGAAGUUAAACCAAAGAUUCUCCAUGGCAGCCUAAAAGCUACUAAUAUUUUGCUGGACCACAAAUGGAAUCCAAAAAUAUCUGAUUUUGGCCUUGUUGAGGUUCUCAGUUCCAAAAGGAGUCACAUUAUACUAGAAGUGAAAGAAUUGAGUAAACUGACUUUAUCACUAGUUAACGUGAGACUUCAAACAAACUUAUUAUAUAAUUUCAUACAAUACACAUGCUCCAGUUAUGAAGCUCCAGAUUGUCAUGCAAGUAGUAACUUAACUGAGGGUAAUGAUAUUUAUGAUUUUGGAUUACUUAUUAUGGAGAUUGUAUCAGGAAAAAUCCCUUCAUAUCACGGCCAGACACAGACUAAUAUAGUGGACUGGUUCAAAUCAAUGAUUUCCAAUGGGAAGAUGGAGAAUGCAAUAGAUUCAAAAUUGCUUAAAAUGCCUUCUUCCAAGGCACUUAAACAGGUUGCUUUGGUUGCUCUAAGAUGUGUAGAUCCUGAUGUGAAUCCUAGACUCAAGAUGAGAGAUGUAGUUUGCAUGCUUGAAACCAACAUUCUUCUUUUUGAGGAACGUCAAAUUGCCAUGAAGACUUUAGAAGCCAAUCACUCUCCACAAAAUCAGAAAAAAUAGGUGAUACCAUGAUGUAAACACCAGCAAUUUACCUUCAGAAAAUGGCAAGAAACAACAGUACUGUUCUUAUAGUAUAUUGGCACACCAAUUUGAAAGAAUUUUUCAAUUAUUUCAUGUUUUUAAUGAGUUACUUGAGCUUUAUUCUUGAGCAUAAUUCAUUGAAUCAAAUGUCACUUUACUGA